GAGGGAGAAGUGACAUUGACGAGCGGCUGUUCCAAGUGGCAGUUCUUAAACGAAACUUAAUUUUCCGGCCGCUUCAGAAUUAGUUUCCCUUCUCUUCAAAACAGGGUGUGUGUGCGUGUGUGUGUGUGUGUGUGUGUGUGGCCAAGCGAACACGAAACACAAUAUUUAAUACGGAGAAAGUCAACUGCAUUUCCCAUUUCGCUAUGGCACAUUACAGAGGUCCAGACCCCAAAAGGGAACAGUUUCGCAGGUACCUGGAGAAAGCUGGGGUUGUGGACAGUCUGACCAGUGUUUUAGUGGCUUUGUAUGAAACCCAAGAGAGGCCCAACAAUGCGCUGGAAUUUGUGAAGCAGCAUCUCGGGGCUGCCGGCAUGACUUCAGAAGACACGGAGGCUCUGCAGCAGGAGGUGCUCGAGCUGAGGCAGAGGUGUACAAGUCUGUCAGAGGAAAACAAAGACCUCAAAACAAAGCUGCAGCGCUAUGAGCCUGUACCAGAAGAUGGAGCCACAGCCGACUAGACCUCCUCACAGCGCUGUUCUGAUUAAUGUUCUUUUUUUGUUUACACUUCUGUCACUUUAAAUUUGAAUUUAAAGACUAGAUGACACUGUUAAGUGAACGCCUAUAAUUUGUACGUAACUGUGCUGUUUUCUUGUGAACCUUAGUUUCUAAUAUGUUUCUUAGAAUUUAACUUAUUUUGUACAUGUUUGUAAAUAUGUUUUUUCCCCUUAAUUUAGUCAUUAGUAUAGUUCAGAAAAAAGAAAGUUUCCUCUCAUGUGACAGUACAGUUCUUCAGAAAUGGGAGAUGUUUUGAAUACUCUUAUGUUGGAAUAAAACUAAAAAUAUAAUCAUA